UUAUCCCAGUCCAAUUUGGAGGAUCCUCCCGAAAGUGCUCUGCUGUGAAAGAGUUAAGCAAUAUAAAUAAAAAUGAGUUGCUGUGCGCAAUAUAUUAUUAAAUACAUCCUCUUCGCUGUGAAUCUCAUAUUCGCGUUAGGGGGCCUGGCUCUCCUGAUCCUGGGCGUCAUCGUCCAGGUGCAGGUGUCGGACGUGGUGUCCGUUGCCAGCGUGAACAUCUCCGUGGCGCCCAUCUCGUCCAUGGUCAUCGGCAGCGUCAUCUUCUUCAUCGCCUUCCUCGGCUGCUGCGGCGCUAUCAAGGAAAACAGAUGCUUUUUACUAACCUAUGCAGUGUUUAUGGUGCUCCUGAUGAUCGUGAAGAUCACGUUAGGGACUGUGAUCUUCGUGAGCAAGGAGGACGUGGUGGCGGACGUGCCCCAGUGGCUCGGAGACACCUUCGUUAACAACCGCACCGACUUCUAUGAUAUACAAACUUCGUUCCAAUGCUGCGGCACAGUGGGUCCCCAGGUGUACCUGCCCGACCCGCUGCCAGCGUCGUGCUGCGCCGAGGAGCCCUGUCUCGCCGCCAACGCCUUUGAUGGCUGCAACCAAGUCAUCCAAGACUACCUCAGCGCCUUCUUGAUCGCCAUCGGGGCAGUGCUCUUGGUAGUCGCUGGUAUUGAGCUGGUUGCGGCAAUAUUCUGUUUUUGUUUAUCAAGGCACAUUGAUAACAAGCGGGCUGUACAAAUAGUUAAUUAAAUUAAAAUCAUUAAAACAAUCAUUCAUUAAUUUCGUUUUUUAUGUUUGUUAUACUAUUAAUCCAACUUGUGUUUGCACCCUUUUAAUAUUUUACGCACCUAGCUAGGUAUUAUAAUUAUUUUCAAAAAUGUUUUUGACUAGACUACAUUAUUUGAAAUAAACUCAUUUUUGACCAAAUAAUACAAAAUGCAACCUAGUUCUUCACAUUAUGAAAUAUAAUGUAAUUGAUCUAGUUUUGCUCUUAAAUAUGUAUACGUACAGUAGCGACAGCACACCAGAAUAACAUUUCUGUUGCAGAACUUGUUGUACAUUAUUUAUAAGAUCCCAGAGAUGUUAACGUUGGUGUGCCGUCGUUCGUACCAAAAUGCAUCUAGUUAGCUUGAUUUAAGCUAUUUAUUUAAUAGCAAAUUCAUAGAUUUAUUUUAUAGAAAGAAAGUAUUGUUGAACCACCUAUAAAAUCUUUAACACUUUUGUACUGAAUAAAAAAUAUAAAACUAAUAAGUA